AUGGCAUCACCCGAGUUCGAGACCUCAGCGCCAAGUAGUCCAGGAAUAUCAAUAUCAAAUCCAGACGAUCAAUUACAACACCCGUGCCUCAAACCCGAAUGCAAUAAACUAUUUACCCAUUUACACAAACUACAACGACACUACCGGGAUGCACACGGAAAACCGCAAUAUGACUGCCCAUAUCCGGGAUGCUCACGGAAGGGUCAAAAGGGAUUCGCUAGGAAAGAUAAUAUGACACAACACCACAGGUUGGUUCACAACAAACAACUGGAUCCCGGAACGAUUCCUAGGAGGAAGAGAGGAGGUUCGAAUUAG